GAAGAGGAGACUCGUCAGAAAUUGCUUCGCAGUGUAAAGAAAGAGGUGAAACAGAUCAUGGAGGAGGCGGUGACGAGAAAAUUUGUCCAUGCUGACAGCAGCCACAUUGGUUCCUUCUGCGCGGUGGUGGAGGCCUGCGUGCUGCACGGGCUAAAACGGCGUAUCGCGGGUAUGCUGUGCAGCAACAAAGUGGCGGCGCUCUUCAUGAAAGUGGCCAAAAGCUACGCCCCUGCAGAACAGCUGUGCCACAAAGUCCAAGAGCUGGAGCACCUCAUAGAAAACAGCAAACGAAACAAUUCUUCACAGAGCAACGAGCGCAGUCGGCAGUCAAAGUUGAGCAACCUUUCACCUCUGGCCCUCAAACACAUAUGGAUCAGAACCGCAUUGUUGGAAAAGCUCCUGGACAAAAUCAUCCUGUAUUUAGUAGAGAACUCUAGUACUUUUUACGAGAAAGAAGCCAUGAUCAUGGAUCCUGUGGAUGGACAAAUUCUUGCAUCACUAUUGGUGGGUCCCUGUGCUUUGGAGUACACUCAAGUCAAGACCUCGGACCAUUUCUGGACAGACCCAUCAGCUGACGAACUUGUACAGAGACAUCGUAUUCACAGCGGUCACAGUCGACAGGACUCUCCCUCCAGGAGGCCUGCCCUGAUCCAAAAGAGACAAUCCAGUGGGAGCAUGGACGAUCGCCCUCUGGUGUGGGCGAGGGAAUAUGUGGAGUCAUUGCACCAAAAUUCCAGAGCAACGUUGCUGUUUGGCAAGAACACCGUGCUGGUGCAGCCUAGGGACGACAUGGAGGCCAUACCGGGUUACCUCUCCCUGCAUCAGACAGGAGAGCUGAUGACACUCAAAUGGACGCCCAAUCAGCUAAUGAAUGGCAACGCAGGGGAGCUGGAUUCUGAGAAGAGUGUCUACUGGGAUUACGCCAUGACGAUUCACUUGGAGGAGAUAGUGUAUCUCCACUGUCAUCAGCAAGUGAACAGUGGUGGAACCUUGGUGUUGGUGAACCAGGAUGGCAUCCAGAGGCCCCCCUUGCAUUUCCCCAAAGGAGGCCACCUGCUCCAGUUUCUCACUUGCCUGGAGACGGGCCUUCUUCCUCACGGACAACUGGAGCCACCGCUUUGGAACCAGAGAGGAAAGGGAAAGGUUUUCCCCAAAUUGAGAAGGAGAAGCCCACAUAGCUCCUGUGACUCAGUGUCUGAUAAAGAGGAUGAUGAAUCCACAGAUUACGUGUUUCGAAUCCUCUUUCCUGGAAAUCAAAUGGAGUUCAUGCCUUUGGAGCUGGUGGACCAGGGUAUGAACAUGUGGGAACAGACACCCAGGAAUUCCUCAGAAUCCUCCUGCUCACAGACUGGAUCGUCUGAUAGCUCUCUGCCAAGUGGCUGCAUUCAGGAAAGGGCUCCUCUGAAGCUCCUCUGUGACACCAUGAGGUACCAGAUCAUCUCCCGUGCAUUUUACGGAUGGCUGGCAUAUUGCCGUCACUUGUCCACAGUUCGCACCCACCUUUCUGCUCUGGUCAACACCACCAUAGUCGUCCCUGAUGUGCCCUCUAAUGCAAGGGGAGGUCUCUCUGCUGAUGUUUGGGCCAAGUUUCUUCAGGACAGCUCUGCCUAUGAGGAGCUUGAGAUACACAGACUGGUGUAUUUUGGAGGUGUGGCACCUUCACUUCGCAAAGAAAUCUGGCCUUUUCUCCUUGGACACUACCAGUUCACAAUGAGUGAGAAAUGCAGGCUGGAGAUUGACGAGCAGAUGCGCCUCAUGUAUGAGCAUACCAUGAAGGAGUGGCAAGGUUGUGAAGCAAUGAUGCGACAGAGGGAGCAGGAGAAACAUGCGGAAGCCCUCGCCAGAUGUUUGUCGAGCACUCGCACUGAGGGUGGGCAGGUGUCGGAGCAAGAAUCCACUAUUAGCACAGAUUCAUCACUAUGCAGUAGUUCGGAUCCGCAGAGUACUCAGUCGCAGAACGACUGCAACAGCAGUGCGCCGGUGUUUACAUCCGUUGAUGCUGUGGAUCCCAUUGAGACCAGACCCAAUGGAUAUCAGAUAGAGCACAAAAGUCCAAUAAAGGAUGUCCCAGCUGAUUCCUUUGAGUCCAGCAAUCUAUCCUGCCAAGAUGUUUUUAAACCACUCCAAACUUGUGACAGUUACCUUCUUUUAACCGAGCCACCCAUUGCAUCGGCAAUCUUACAGCAGUCAGUCACCGCAGCCGAUGUCGUAAGCGAGGAAUCUACAGCUGAGGGGCUUCCAAAGACCGUCGAGGUCCUUGAGCAGGCACCUAAGGACAGACUCUUUGAAAGUGACAGCAUGGAGAGUAAUGAAGUUCUUGGAAUAAUUUCAGAAGCUGUGGACAAACCUGACAACAUUAAUAGACAAGCUCCAAUGGACAACACAAACAUUAUUAGGCUGGAGAAAGAGAUUCAGAAUCAGUAUUUUCAAGCGCCACCACUUGGACAGACUUUAAAAGCACAGAAUGUAGAGGAACAAGAAACGGAUGAGUCAGAAAAAGACAAUCUUUUAACAAUCGGCUCUGAAAAGGCAGAGAUACUUGACAACCUGCGCUCGCAAUUAUUGGCUGGCUGUCUCUUAGAGGUAGAAAAUGCUGAGUCUGUACACACAGGUGCCAGAAAUGUAUCAGACAUCUCAAACUCACCAGUCAGGCAAGUACUAGAUGUUUUUCAGUCGGCAUCCCGCGGGAGCCUUUCCCUGUCAUCCCAUAUAAGACAGUCCCCGGACUCGGAUGACUCUCCCUCAGCUCUAGAAAUGGAGGAGAUUCCUUCCGGGGUGGCCUGCUUGAACUUCGAGGAACAGAAUACCAGGCCCUUGACGGUACUCGCGAUCCCGCCCGCGUGUCUGGCUCGGAGACCCAACGCGGCAUCUGCGGAACUCGUCCCGGAUCCCCCGCCUGACACUGCGUGUAACACCAGCCCCGAGGACACUGAAGCUGGGCUGUCUGAAGAUGAGCCUGAUGCAGAAAAUGGGUUCGCGGCACCGAAAACUACGGAGGCAGAAGCAGAGUUCCAUCGGAAAGAUUGCUCAGCUCAACAACUGUAUUCUCAAGAAACCAUGGACAUGUAUCUCAUCAACUUGCAUCGCAUUGACAAAGAUGUCAGACGAUGUGACCGUACAUAUUGGUACUUCACGCCCGAAAACCUGGACAAGCUGAGGAAUAUCAUGUGCAGUUAUGUGUGGCAACACUUGGACACGGGUUACGUCCAGGGCAUGUGCGACAUACUGGCGCCUUUACUGGUUAUUCUGGACAAUGAGGUGAUGGCGUUUAGCUGCUUCACUGAGCUGAUGAAAAGGAUGAACCAGAACUUCCCUCACGGGGGUGCAAUGGACUCUCACUUUGCCAGCAUGUGCUCACUCAUCCAGAUCCUGGAUUCCGAGCUGUUUGAGUUGAUGCAGCAGAAUGGCGACUACACUCACUUCUACUUCUGCUACCGAUGGUUCCUUCUGGACUUUAAAAGAGAAAUGGUGUAUGAUGACGUGUUCUCUGUAUGGGAGACUAUCUGGGCUGCGGCGUGCACCACCUCAGAGCAUUUUGUGCUUUUCAUCGCACUCGCAUUGGUGGAAAUGUACAGGGAUAUCAUCCUGGAGAACAACAUGGACUUCACUGACAUCAUCAAGUUUUUCAAUGAAAUGGCUGAGCGACACGACAUCGCUCGGGUCCUUGCUAUGGCUCGAGAAUUGGUCCACAAAGUUCAGACACUCAUAGAAAACAAGUGA